GCCACCCUAGCAGGCCAUGAGCUACCCGCAGGAGCUAGGCCCCGUCCCGUGCACACCACUAGUUCUCCCAGCUCAUGUUGUGCACUUAGGAGGGUCACCCUGGGCCAGUGGAUUCUUUGCUGGCAGCUGCUGCAGAAGAGACCCUUUAGCCCAUAGCAAGAGGGCGUGGGGUGUGUGUGUGUGUCUGUCUGUCUGUGUAUAGUUACAUGCAUGUUGCUUCCAGCCCUUAUGGCUUUGAGGCAGGCUUCAUAACAUGGACCUCCACAAUUCUGCCUGAGUUUGAAGAUGGGGUGUUCCAUUGUCUCCCUGGUCCUACAGGGCUCUGCUGUACAAGACUGGCAGGUUUGUUGCUGCUCUACACUGCCCUGUAGGUUGGGGUGUGUGUUAAAGUGACGAGUUGCGUCUGUUUCAUUCUGCUGCACCUUGAGAGAGAGCUGAGCAGAGCCUGGAGCUAAUCACUGGGAAGGGUGCACGUCCAAAUAUAAGGGAGGGGCAGAGCAGCAGGAAAAAAUCUUUCCAGGAGGCGAGAGGAUGGAGCUUCAGAUUUUUCAGCCAUCCACUAGCUGGGGCGAAUCCAAAACAUGCAGCUCUGAACCUGACACUGACUCCUAGAGACUAGUUAGGAGCGGGAGGGGACUAAACAUUCCCCCUUGAACUCACCAGUGGCUGUCUUUUCUGUGCAUCUCUGGUUGGUAGGCUUGGUGCUUAGCUGCUGUGUGUCCGGUGCACUUGUCAAGACUGCUUGCAAGUCACCACCCUCCAACAGUCUGAUGGGUUCUCCAUAUGGCAUGGUAUUGAGGUAUCAGCAUUUCCCACUGCUGUAUACUCAUUCUAUGGGUCUCUCUCCAGAAGGCAACCAACUUGAGGCUCAGCUUCAUCCUGCAGAGAAGUAGGUCUGGGCUUCCAGGCGGUACCACUAGGCAAAAACUAGAGGGGGUUGGCAAAACUGAUGGUAUCAGACUGUUCAAAUACUAAGGGCAGCAGGAUUUUCUGAUAAAAAUGAUUGCAGUGGACUGCACUUAUUUCCUAGUGAGUUCAUACCACCCAGGUGCAAAAAUUGGGUCAGUUUUGAAUGGGGUCAUGUUCUAGGUUUUUUUAAUUGCCUUUGUAAAGAAAAAGAAGCUAAGAUUGUGCUGAAGCUAAUGGGGUAUGGAAGAGGGGUACAGUGAAGCCUCAGACCUCUCUGAUUAGGGUACAGACUGUCUUGUGCCUUGCUUGUUUUGACCCCUUUGUCUUGGAGAGGUUUCCUGUGUGGUGGGUGUCCAGCUCUUGGCUGGGGGUACCCUCUCCUCUCCCACAGGGUCCCUGGGGCUAUGUACUGUGCCCCAUUAAUGUGAUGCGCCUCUAUUGCAGAUGCAGAUGCGAUUUGACGGACUACUGGGCUUUCCCGGGGGGUUCGUGGAUCGCCGUUACUGGUCCCUGGAGGAUGGUCUGAAUCGGGUGCUGGGCUUGGGUUUGGGCUGUGUGCGCCUGACGGAAGCUGAUUAUCUGUGCUCGCACCUGACAGAGGGGCCACAUCGCGUGGUGGCCCACUUCUACGCCAGGCAGCUGACCCUGGAGGAGCUGCACACCAUCGAGAUCUGCGCGGUGCAUUCCCGAGACCACGGGCUGGAGGUAAUGGGAAUGGUCCGUGUUCCCUUGUACACCCAGAAGGACCGCAUGGGUGGGCUGCCGAACUUCCUGGGGAACUCCUUCAUCGGGACUGCUAAAUUCCAGCUGCUCUUUGCCCUGAAGGUCUUGAAUAUGGUUCCUGAAGAGAAGCUGGUAGAGGCUGUGGCUGCCACCCAGAAGCAAAAAGAGCCGGCAGCCGUGACUGGCAACGUGAAGGCAGCUGCGCCAGCCAAUGUGACAGCCGCUGCGACGGCCGCUGCAACGGCCAAUGCAACGGUAGCUGCGACAGCCAAUCCACCAGUGGCUAAACCAGAAAAUGCAUCUGCACGUCAGCCUCCAGCUGUAUCAGUGGCUGAGCCAGCGGCUAAGCAAGCAGCAGAGUCUGUGAUAGGGCCUGCGGCCAAGCCGGUAGCUGAGCCCAAGGCUGAGUCUGCAGCUGAGCCGGUAGCUGAGCCCAUGAAUGAGUCUGUGGCAGAGCCAGCAGCGGAGCCCAAGGCUGAGCCAGCGGUUGAGGCUAUGGCUGAGUGAUGGAUUGUUCUGUGUCAACUUCUUUAAAAUGGGUAAAGAGACUAGAGACGUUCCUGUCACUGGCUGCAAAGGCCAUCCGCUCGACUCCACCACCGCGCUGGUCAGGUGGGGCGGGAUUCAUUUGCCUGAGGCAAUGGAACGCUGUAUUUUGUAAGGCCCAUAAAUAAUAGCAAGCUUUCCAGAUCUCCUAGCAGCCCCUCCGCGGUCUGUGUGCUUACAGGACUCUUAGAAUGCUUUAACUUCCAGGGAUGCUCAGCCCACACCCAGCUUAGGUAUUGUUUUAAUGAACAGAAAUGUUCCUUUUUAAAUUGAGACAGUGAGUUUUUAGCCCCCAGCAGCAGUAUUGUGAACCCAGUCACAGCUGUGUUUGGGGAUGGGUAAACAAACCUGAUUGAAAAGAGACAAGUCUGCCAGCUCUAGCUCCAUGCCAUGUGCAGAAAUGAAGUGGCUGGCCUCCAGUGGGCCUAGUCUAAGAGUGCUCCUAGUGUUCCCAGGUUACUUUGGGACCCAUGGAAGCUAAGGUGGAAGCUUAGCUGGCUGGUGUCGGCUCCCAGGUGGCUUAGGCUGAGCCCCCGUGGGGUGCAGAAAGGUGGGAUGCGUGUGUGGCUUUGCAUCUGGAGAGUUGGGGGUGCAGGAGAAUGAAAUAAAUGGCUUUGCUGUA